AGCAAACCUGGUUAAAGUUCUCUCUAUAAAUAGACAGACGCAUCAUCAUCUUUGAUAAAUUAAUUCUAUUAGCUCUUUUUGGUAGUUGGCAAAGGUAUGCAAUCAUUUUCCCUCAUCCAAGUUUGAUGCAAAUUUAGUGUUUUAAUAAAAAAAAAUAAAAAUGGAGAGUAGUUCAUCUUGUCCAAAAAUUCAACCUCCCAAGUAUGGGAACCUCAUAACCAUACUCAGUAUUGAUGGAGGAGGAGUCAGAGGAAUCGUUCCUGGUGUUCUUCUUGCCUACCUUGAAUCUCAACUCCAGGAGAUAGAUGGUGAGGAUGCAAGGCUUGCAGAUUACUUUGAUGUAAUUGCAGGAACCAGUACUGGGGGCCUAAUAACUGCUAUGAUAUCGGCACCAAAUGAAGGUGGACGUCCUCUCUAUGCAGCCAAGGACAUAGUUCCUUUCUACCUUGAACAUUGUCCCAAAAUAUUCCCACAGACACCCAUGGUAGCUUCCUGGAUUGUAAAUCCAGUGAAAGCUCUGACAGGACCCAAAUAUGAUGGGAAGUACCUUCACAGGCUACUCGAGACGAAACUUGGCAACACAAAGUUGCAUCAAACCAUAACCAGUGUGGUUAUCCCAACUUUCGAUAUCAAGAAGCUGCAGCCUGUCAUCUUUUCCUCUUAUCAGUUGUCUUGCCGUCCAAUUUUAGAUGCUCCACUGAGUGACAUUUGCAUUGGCACCUCUGCGGCACCAACUUUUCUCCCUGCACAUUAUUUCAAGAACCAAGAUUCAGAUGGGAAUAAUGAGGAAUUCAAUCUCAUCGACGGCGGCGUGGCUGCCAAUAAUCCGACAUUGAUUGCAAUAGGUGAAGUGACAAAACAAAUAACCAAGAAAGACCCGAAUUUCACCCCAAUGGAGCCGUUCAAUUUUGAUCGGUUUCUAGUGAUCUCGUUAGGAACAGGUUCAUCGAGGAAUGAAGAAAAAUACAAUGCUAAAACUGCAGCUUCCAAGUGGGGGGUCAUAAGCUGGGUACUUACCGAUGGGUCCAGUCCAAUACUAAAAUGCUAUGCUGAAGCAAGUGCUGAUAUGGUUGAUUAUCACAGUUGUGUAGUCUUCCAUGCCCUUCAUUCUGAAGACAACUACUUACGGAUUGAGGAUGACACGCUACAAGGUGAUUUAUCUUCGGCUGAUGUUUCUACAAAGAAAAACUUAGAAGAUCUUGUCAAGGUCGGGGAAGACUUGUUGAAGAAACCAGUUUCCCGAAAAAACCUAGACACCGGCAUAUAUGAACCAGUCGAAAAUGCUGGCACCAAUGAAGAAGCUCUCAAAAGAUGCGCAAAACUACUUUCAGAAGAAAGAAAACUGCGAGAGUCCAAAUUUCCAGUACAAGCUUUGUAGAUUCAGUUGUGAAAUGUAAUCCACCUUACAUUUUGUUAUGAAUCACAUGAGAGGAAACACUUGUUCCAAGCUUUAAAUAAUCGUUCUACUUUUGAAAGACUCAGUUUUUCAUGUAUACUUUUGGUAUAUGGUGUAUUAAAUAUGGAAACAAUUUUGUUAUUCCUUAAUUGGAAGGGUAGGUACCGACCCGU